GCUGGCUCAUCCCGAUGGAGCGCGGCGGCAGUUUGGGGUCGAGCGCCCGGGCUGAGGGGAUUUCAAAGGGCAUUCUGCUCCCCGCGAAGAUGGCUGAGACGAACGCGUUACGGACCUCGGCACCCAACCACCGUCUUGCGGUGGACAAGGAGCCUAAAUCCCAGAUGUGAGCCAACAUUUUCUGAGAAGUUUCUAGGGGAGAAUCUGUUUCCUUGUGGCACCUUCUUACACUUUCAAGAUCAGGUAUGGAUGGGUUUUUAAAAUCAGAUGAGAGGCAAAGACUAGCCAAAGAGAGACGAGAAGAAAGAGAAAAAUGUCUGGCUGCACGGGAAAAGCAGAUUCUGGAGAAACAGAAAAGAGCCAAGCUUCAGUAUGAAAAGCAAAUUGAGGAGCGUUGGCGAAAACUGGAAGAACAGCGGCAGCGGGAGGACCAGAAGAGGGCUGCUGUGGAAGAGAAGAGGAAACAGAAACUCCGGGAGGAAGAGGAACGGCUAGAGGCCAUGAUGCGCAGGUCCCUGGAGCGCACGCAGCAGCUGGAGCUGAAGAAGAAGUGUUCCUGGGGAGCAUCACUGGCUGCAGGGACUGGAGGACGUGAUGGUGAAUCAGAAAAUACCCCACCCCCUUUAGGUUUAGCAACCAGCACCGUCCCUCCGGAUGCAGGGACCACUUCCGCUGCUGCUGAGUCCACCAAUGCAGGUGACAAACUUUCAACAUCAACCAUGAAUUUGCCAAAGCAGCGAGAGCCUCCUAUGAGUAAGCGCCUGUCUUCAUCUACUGUGGCAAUAUCCUAUUCUCCAGACCGAGCUCAUCGCACACACCUUAGUCCCACGGAAAGCUUUCUUGUUAUGCGACUGUUGACACCCACACAGGCUUCUUUAGCCAGAAGCAGAAGUACAUUCAUAUUCUCUGAGCAGGCCAGUGACUCAGCUCCUGCUGGUUCCCUUAAAUCUUCGUUCAAGUCUUCUCCCACAAGAACCAUUGAGAGGAAGAAGGCAACACUUACAUCUGGUGUAGGAGAUGCUGAGAAAGGAGCCCCCGUAGGAGCAGAGGCCUCUCCGAUGGAGAAAGUGAAGAGGGGACAACGAGUGACAACUUCUAUUCCUGCUGGGAGCCUUGGAUCCCCACUGAGAAGAUGUGAGCUUCCUGGAGUCAUUUCUAAGAGGUCAUCUUCUCCUGUGAUAUCCAAAACAACUUCAAAAGCAUAUCCACAGUCUCCAAAGACUAUGAAGCCACCAUACCAAGGAUCACCUGUGAGGUACCGCUUUCCUCCCAUUCCCAGCCAAGAAACACUUAAGAAGAAAGCAGAGAAAGAGAAGAGCAAUAAGGAAAAAGAAAGUGCAUCAGGUUCGCAGGCCUUCGGCCCACGUGGAGAGGAAAUCCCAGAGAAGCAUGUGGCAGACAAACAUGCUACCGAGAAACAUGUGGCAGAGAAGCAGGCCACUGAGAAGCACAAAGCAGAGAAACAUGCUACUGAGAAGUAUGUGGUGGAGAAGCAGGCCGGCGAAAAGUGUGAGGCAGACAAGCAGGUCAUCGAGAAGCACGAGGCAGACAAUCAGGCCACCGAGAAACAUGUGGCAGACAAGCAGGCCACCGAGAAGCACGUGGCAGACAAGCAGGCCACCGAAAAGCACGUGGCUGACAAGCAAGCCACCGAGAAGCACGUGGCAGACAAGCAGGCCACUGAGAAGCACGCAGAUGACACGCAGGCCACUGAGAAGCACGCAGAUGAUAUGCAGGCCACUGAAAAGCACGUGGCAGACAAGCAGGCCACCGAAAAGCAAGUGGCAGACAAGCAGGCCACUGAGAAGCACGUGGCAGACAAGCAGGCCACCGAAAAGCAAGUGGCAGACAAGCAGGCCACUGAGAAGCACGCAGAUGACAUGCAGGCCACUGAGAAGCAUGCAGAUGACAUGCAGGCCACUGAGAAGCACGUGGCAGACAAGCAGGCCACUGAAAAGCACACGGCUGAUAUGCAGGCCACCGAGAAGCAUGCGGCUGACAUGCAGGCCACUGAGAAGCACGUGGCAGACAAGCAGGCCACUGAGAAGCUCACAGCUGACAUGCAGGCCAACGAGAAGCACGCGGCAGACAAGGAGGCCACUGAGAAGCACGUCACAGACAAACAUAUUACUGAGAAGCUUGUGGCGGAGAAACAGACCACUGAGAAGCACAUAGUAGAGAAGCAUGUGAUGGACAAGCAUGCCACUGAGAAGCAUGCUGUCAUAGGAGGGAAGGCCGAGAGCAAAGCAGCCGCAGGGAAGCCCACAGCUGGCACCACUGAUGCAGGAGAGGCCGCAAAGAUUCUGGCUGAAAAGAGACGACAGGCUCGGCAGCAGAAGGAACAGGAAGAGCAAGAACGACUGGAGAAGGAAGAACAGGAGAGGUGGGAGAAAGAGGAACUGAAAAGAAAAGCAGAGGAGGAAAAGCAGCACCUAGAAGAAGCACGUAAGCAAGAAGAAGAAAAGAAACUCCAAGAAGAGGAAGAAAAAAGAAAGGUGGGAGAGGAGGCUAAGCAGAAGGCUGCAGAGGAGCUGUUACUGAAAGAGAAGCAAGAAAAAGCUGUGAUUGAAAAGCAGAAAGAAGCAGCAGAAGCAAAGGCCCAGGAGGCAGCUAAACAGAUGCGUCUAGAAAGAGAACAGAUCAUGCUGCAGAUUGAGCAGGAGCGACUGGAGAGGAAAAAGAGAAUAGAUGAAAUCAUGAAGAGAACAAGGAAGAGUGAUGUGUGUCCAGAAGUGAAGAAAGAAGACCCUAAAGUAGAGAUUCAGCCUGUUUUAUGUGUGGAAAAUAAGAUAAAACCCAUUGUCCCCAACAAAAUAGAGCUCAACAGAUUGAACACAUGUCAGGAAAUUAAUGGCAUGGGGCACACUGCUCCUGAAGCUUUUCCCCGAGAUGUUUUCUCUAAUGGGCUUAAACCAGUUGGGGGACUUGUUCAUCUGGGUGCCACUGAUGGAAAAUCAAACAGUCUGGAUGAUUCAACUGAAGAAGUUCAGUCUAUGGAUGUGAGUCCUGUUUCCAAAGAAGAGCUGAUCUCCAUCCCAGAAUUUUCACCAGUGAGUGAAAUGAUUCCUGGAGUGUCUUUGGACCAAAAUGGAACUGGUAAUGCCCGAGCACUUCAAGAUCUCUUAGACUUCACUGGUCCUCCAACGUUCCCCAAGAGAUCCAGUGAAAAUCUCAGCCUGGAUGACUGUAACAAAAACCUCAUUGAAGGAUUUAACAGUCCUGGCCAAGAAACUACUCUAAACACUUUCUGUUGACAAAUACAGCAUCCCUUUAAUAAAAGGCGGUGUUUGGAGCACCCAUGAAGCUGCUGAUAGCCAAAUACCAGCUGCCAGCCAUCUGAAGAAACUUCUGUCACCUUUAACCACUGGAUUCCAAAUUAUUAGACUUGAAUGUAACUAUUCCUGGGUAGUAUGUCAAACACUGGUCUCUCUUGGUAGAAACCUUGAGACUUUAACCUUAUUGGGCUUUAGCAAAGUUUCGUUUUACAGUUGUAUUUAGGAGCUUCAGCUGCCACUAAAAUACUGCCUGUCCUUGUCUAUUAUCACAGUGACCCUCUAACCUGAGUGAUGCUGUCUUGGAAGUUCACUCAGUGGCCUCUUUCCUGGUGUCAGAGCCCAUAAGCAGUUAGAUGUUUCUUCCUAUAAGUAUUCUAGGCAUUUGCUCAACUCUAGUUAAACAUGUCCUCAGUCUGGGCUGCAUAUCUCUUCCUUUGUUUAAAAGAAGAAGAAAUUCAAGAGCUUCUCCCUCCCUGGGCCUUCUCUUUUAAAAAUAUUAUCAGGAAGUCUUUUUAUUCAAGCUUUGCCACCUGCAAAUACAUUGCCCCAUAUUACUCCUUUGGGGUUAAUCAGUUUGAUUUAGUAAGGAAGAAUUAAACAAUAUGUAGUGAUUUCUGUUCUCUUAUACAUAUUCUUACAUGCAUGGGCAACUCAGGCAAGGACCCUUCCUAUUACCUCUUCAAAUCUCCCAUUGUAAUCCCUCCAAACCAUCAAGUGGUUUUCCUACUGAAUGCCACUGAAUGUGUCUCAUGCAGGUGGUUGGUUUUGGGUCUGCUCUUGCUUUUCUAUUGGGAUCUUGGAUGUUUUCCUUGUUUGCUCCUAUGUUUCCAACUGUAAUAAAACCAGGAACAGAUAAAAAGCAUAGUGCUCUGAAAUAAGAGGGCCCAAAAUUGGCACCAGUAUGUCAUUUUAAUAGACUGUAACAUUAAAAAAUCUGAAUGGGGAAAAAUGACACCAGAAUGUAUACCACACACAUUUUAUGCCAUACAAUGCUAUGUUUUAUUUUUCUUUUAUUGUGGUAAAAUGUGACUUUCAGAUUACAAUUGCCUUUUCCUUGAAACUUUUGUUUUGACUUGUAAUAAAAGGUUUGGAGAGAAUCAUAAUGCUGAGAGAGGUUUGCAAGUCUCAAUAGUAAUCUGAUUUAUGUGCUUUUAAAGCAGGCUACAGUUUAAGAAUUUAUUAGUUAUGAAAAAUGUGUAUGUUUGUGUAUGUGUAUAUACUGAAUAAAAUAAAUGCCUCUAAUAAUGCA